UAAUAUUGUGAAAACAAUAAUUAUUAGGACAUUGCGAAGAAAUUUUUGCGAGGACAUUUUUUGUCUAAUGCACUCUCGAAAAAAUUGUGCACAACUAGUUGAUUAAAAAAAAGUUGAUAAAAUUUUCUACAACGUUGGACAAAAUUUUUACUCCACAGACUUGAAAUUUACACAACAACGUUGUGUAAUGUUUGCUUUGGUCAACCUUGCGCAAAACUUGAUAUUUUUGUUGACUAAAUCUAAUUUUCAUCAUUAUUGGGCAAUUAGUUCCCAAAAGUUGAAUAAUUUUUACUCAACACUUGUAAAAGAAUUGGCUUUUUGAAGGUAGUGUAAAAUUCAGCCAACUUUCAGUUUACUUUUUACACAAUAGUUGUGUAAAGUUUACUCUCGCGACGUCGCGUCUCAAAAGCAGCGUGGAUGGCGCCACUUAUAUACUGACGGUUGACGAAAGGAUUGUCAGGAAAUUAAAUCCUUUCUCUUUUCCUGUAAUUUUCCACCAAAAUGACCGAAAAUUUGGAAAAAGCUUUAAAAAAUACCGGAUUAAUCCAAUAUAAGGACAAGUUCCAAGAGAACGAUGUCGACGACACAAUCUUCUUCAAGUUGUUGGAUAGUGCCGCUGGGUCAGUGGAAGAACGUUUGUUGGCAGAAAUAAUUCCGUCCGUUGGUCACCGAUUUAAAUUAAUUUCAGCUGGUAGAGAGGUAAGCAGGUCAAGGUUAGAAUUAGGUCAGGUUAUCUCACUAGACUUUGCCUGUAGUAUUUGCGGAAGUACUUUUAAUUCCUUUCAAGUAUAUUGGAAUCACAUUAGAGAAUUUCACGAAAUAACGAAAGGAAAAGCUAGAUUAAAUUGUCCUUUGUGUACAAUGAUUUUCACAGACUCGGAAAAUCUUCAAAAACAUGUCAACAGAAAAGUUUGUCCAGUAUUUCAAAAAAUUUCAAUUAAGUUUCCCCAGAUUUCCCCUAAUGAAGAGAAUGGAAUGGGAAGAAAUAUUGAGCAAGAAUUAUUUUCACCUGAGGUCAUUCGUGAAAUCCAUGAGGAUUACAAGUUGGCUUUUAUAAAAUCAUUACAAAUGUCAGGUGGAAUUUCAUUAUCAAAAUCAAAUGAAAUUUUAAUGGCUGCUAAUUCAUUAGUAAAUAGUAUAAUUGCAGUUGCCACAAACUUUUCUGUCAAUAAUACAAGUCAGGAUCAACUUUUAACCCACCUUAAUAGUUUAAAAAAUCCAUUUCCAAAAAAUAGUUCAUCCCAAUAUAAACUGGAAAAACUUUUAAAAGAACGAUCUUUAUUAGUCGAAGCAAAGGAAAUAAAAUUAGGGUCUCACUUUAAAUUCGACAAAAUUAAAGGAAUGAUGCAAGAAAAAAUUGACAACGCUUACCAUUUUCAAUUAUCUGAAACUCUACCGACAAUUCUAUCGAAAUAUUACAAAGUGGCAGAUAGUAUACAAGUAAAUUCAAGUGCAGAAUAUUUUGAGAACUUUAAGUCAGGUUCACAUUACAAUAAUUUCAAAAACAAUCCUCUUUGCUUGCAGAUUUAUUACGAUGAUGUUGAAAUUUGUAACCCGUUGGGAUCGAAAGCUAAAAUACACAAACUCGCGAUGGUUUAUUUUAUUAUAGCCAAUUUUCCUAACCAUUCAAAUCGCAAACUUGAAAAUAUUUUUCCACUUAUAGUUGUUAAAUCCAAAUUUGUAAAAGAAUACGGAAUGAAUUUAAUUUUACAACCAUUGGUUUAUGAAUUAAACUCGCUGCAUGAAAAUUCUCAAAGACUAAGCUUUUUAGAAAACACUCCUUUUAGUCAUAUUCAAGUUCUCCAGUUCUGUGGCGAUAAUUUAGGGAUGCAUACAAUUUUUGGCUUUGCUGAAAGUUUUAAUGCGAAUUUCAGAUGUCGUUUUUGUAAACUAGAUAGGGAACAAACUUUCACAGCUAUUGAGGAGUCGGUAAAUAGAAGGCGAAAUUUAGAAAAUUAUGAAAGUGAUUUAGAAGUUGGAAACGUUAGUUUGACGGGAAUUAGAGAAAGGUCAAUUUUAAAUGAUAGUAAAGGAUUUAAUGUUACAAAUAAUUUUGCCCCUGAUAUUAUGCAUGAUAUUUUGGAAGGAAUUUGUGUCACUGAAUUGAAGUUGUUUCUGAAACAUGUUACUCAAAAUCGUAUUUUAUCAGUUAGUGAGAUUAACCACAGGCUAUCGUCUUCUUUCAACAAGAAUGGUCAUGCAAUAUCAAAGUUUCCAGAAAUAGAUAUUGCUUUUAUUAAUGGGGAGAGAAAAUCUUGUUUUUCUGCAUCAGAGACAAGCCAUUUUUUCCUAAUUUUUCCUGCAAUAUUUGGAGAUAAGUUCAGCAUGUCGAAUAAGCACUGGGAUUUAGUUUUAAAACUUCGUCGAAUAUUACGAAUUUUAUUGGCACCACAAAUUAGUAGGUCAGGUGUGCAUUUGUUAAGUUAUUUAAUAGCUGAGCAUCAUCAGGCCUUCAUUAGUUUGACAAAUAAUAAUUUAACGCCAAAGUUUCAUCAUUUACUACAUUAUGCUCACGCCAUAGAGCAGUUAGGCCCGUUGAAACAAUACUGGUGUAUGCGAUUUGAGGGAAAACAUCGUCCUGCUAAAACAAUUGGAAAAAAUUGUUAUAAUUUUAGCAACAUUGCAAAAACAGUUUCAAAGAAAAUGUCACUUAACUUGGCAUUUUUAGUUGGAUGCGAAAUAGAGGGGGAUAUAACUUACAAAUCUGGCUCACUAAUUGCAUUUAAGGAUAUGAAAAUAUCUUUUGACUUUUCCAAACUUUCCAAAAAUGAGUUGGACGAGGUGCUUUGUGUUGACUCGGUGACCGCCAAGGGUACCAAAAUCAAACCCAAUAAUUAUUUAAUUUUGAAGGUCCCAUCACUUAGUUCACAAUUUUGUCAAAUUAUCAUGUGUCUAGUUCACAAUAGCAAAGUUCAUUUAGUUGUCAGGCCGGUAAAAUGUGAGGAACAUUUUAGUUAUUCGUACGUGUUUAAAAUAAUUGACUUUGAUAAUGCGUUAUUAGUGGACUUGGACGCCAUAGAUUUGGAGUAUCCAUUAGUAAUUGUGAAUAAUAUUGAAGACCCGCAAGGUCAUGGGUUCAUUUGUUGUCCCAUUGAGUUAAUCUGAACAAAGUUUUGACUCUAUGUACAUAUGUAGGCUAAAAUAGUGUUUAAUCUUAAAAUAAGUAGAUUUUUUACGCAUAUAUUUAGUUAGAUAAGCAGACUUUUGAAACUGACCAGCGAGCACUAGGAGAU